ACAGGCGCGCCCCAUGACCAUAAACAUGACCAUUCACACACCAUCCAUUGCCAAUUCCCAACAAACCGGACCCAGAUUUCCCCAGACUUUUGGUUUGGGAACUUGACAUUCUGGUUGCCAAACUUCGAAUUCAUCUACAACCUCGGCAUCGUCCGAAAGCAAAAACAAAACACAAAAACUCGGCCAAAGAGAACACAGCGACGAUACCGCGAAGAGAGCACAACCUUAGAGCGACACCACCAUGGACUCCCGGUCCCUAAACACAAAAUCCUCGGUCGAGACCUUCAUCUCGCUCAUGCAGCUCGACCCGGCGCCCAUAGAAACAGACAAGGACCUCCCGCCGCUGCCAGAGGAGGCUGCCGACGCAGACUCAACUACAGCUGCGUCCAUCGCCAAUACUUCUGCGUCAGGAAGCACAGGGUCGUCACUCGGCCUGAGUGGGAGUGGCCAUGGCGCCGUUUACUACUUGGCCCGCAUCCAACGCUACUCGUCCUACGCCUUUUCCAUCUUCACGACAGUCCAUCUCGCCACCACAUCCAUCGUCCCGCUCCUGACGCGCUCCGUCUCGUCGUCUGAAUCCUACCUCCUCCUCUCGCGAGAGAUCUACCAGACCCGAAUCUCCGAGCCUCUCCUAGUCGCCGCACCCUUGGCCGCCCACAUCCUCUCGGGCCUGGCCUUGCGACUGGUCCGCCGCUCGCAGAACCUGAAGCGCUACGGCGGCGCCACGCCCGGCGUCAUGGUGCCGGCCAAGAGCCGCGGCAGGGGCCGGGAGCCGAGCGCGUGGCCCCAGCUGACGUACACGGCGGCGGCGGGCUACGGCGCCGCGGCAGCCGUCUUUGCCCACGCCUUUGUCAACCGCGGCCUGCCGCUGCUGGUCGAGGGAGACAGCGCCGACGUCGGGCUGGCGUACGUGGCGCACGGCUUCGCGAGGCACCCGGCCGUCGCCUGGGUUGCUUACACGUCGCUCCUCGCCGUCACGGCCGGCCACGUGGUGUGGGGUUGGGCGCGCUGGUUGGGGCUGGCGCAGGGUGCAGCGUGGGAUAGCAGCGCGGCUGUGGUCGGACGGGACGUGAGGAAGAGAAGGAGGCGGUCCUGGCUGUUGAUCAACGGCGGUGCCCUCGUCGGGGCGCUCGUCUGGGCCGCUGGUGGACUGGGAGUGGUCGCGCGCGGCGGCAGGAGCCGUGGCUGGGUCGGUGAUUUGUACGACGCCAUGUUUCAGAAGGUUUGGCUGUGAAGAGGGCGAAGGCCUAAACAUUGUUUAUAGAGAGAGGAACUAUAGCUCGGCGUUUACGGUCUCUGCUGUUGGUGUUUUGUUAUUGGGAAUGUUUAUUGGGGGUAUGAUUGAUUGCGGAGGCUGUUUAUUGUACAGAUUUAAACGUAAAUGAUGCUAAUGUAUAUACUAUACAUAGGCCGGAUAUGAAGCACCCCAGAUUUGAUGUGCGAGUGCCAACGGCAGCAAAUACCGCCACUGGCAGCCAACAUGCCCAUAACCUUGACCAGGGAAUCACUCAUGCUCGGGAGGUAGCCAC